AGAGCGUAGUCGUAGAGAAAAACGAUAUGGUAAAAACUAUUGAAUGGAACAACGAUAUUCAGUGUAAUGUGAGUCGACGCUCUUGACGGGUCGGGAUCGUAAUCGUCGUGUCAGUGCAUGAAAACAAGUUUGGGAGAUCGUCUUCAGUAGGAAUUAUAGAUACAUAGUCAUCUCUGAAAGAACAACUUUGAUGUACACCGCAAGGAAAAACUUCGUCUGAAACUAUGCUUCGUAUAAACUUCCUGAAGGACGCCCUUCUUGCAGUAUCGGAAGAGGAUGCCUUAAUCACUUAUACUAUACAAUUAUAAGAAUGAUUUUUUUUUCAUCAGUCACUGACAUCACUGGUGCACGUGCUCAAAAACGUUCCUCUUUCUUCUUCAAAAAAAUAGAGGCGACAGAAUUGAUAAAAAGGUGUAAGCAGUGUAUCACCAUCCACACGUCGAAAGCAAAAACAAAGAUGGGGCGUCGUGGUCCCAACGCGCGCUGCCGAAAGCGCGUGGCAAGCGCUGCGCAAUGGAUGGCGUUGCCCCUUAUCUUCCCAGGAGAGGAUCAUUUGAGUAACUUUUUUUCUCUUAAAUAGUUUUUGUGUAAGAUGAUCCUGAUUCAUGUAAGUAAGAAGCAGAAUGCGUUUGGAAUUCGAAUUCAGAUCGACGAACACAAAUUAUUCGAAACUUGGAGGCAUGAUCGUUGUCGAGCAUGUUUCGCGGUUCAGCUUUAUUGCAAAUUCAGAAAAAAUAAUAUAAAUGCGAAGUUGAAAAAUAUCAAGAGACGAUGAAAAUAAAAAUCAGCAUGGUGCGUCAAUGCUUAUGAAAAUUUGCGCGAUACGCGGAACAUCCCCCCCCCCCAUGGAUGAGGACGAUGUCACGGGUUCUCCGCUGAGCGAUGUUGUGUCUGCAGAUGGGUCGGUAUUGAAGUAUAUGGCUUGAUGUCUUGCAGUGCAAGAAGUAGGUUUGUCGUGAAGUGGGUUUGCAUAAUAUCAUGCACAUGUUGCAAUGUCCUUGGCGAUUACUAGAAUUCGCUCCACAAUAGACCGCAACCACACACAGACCUCCGUCUUGGAGAACGAGAAGGAGUUGGUGAUGAAGACCGGAAAAAACGAGGCGAAGGAAGAGGAAGGGAAUGAGGCGGCGGCGAAGACAGUCCCGAAGGGGACGGAGGAGAAACCGAAAAGCGAAAUAACUACGCAUACGGGCGAUGAGGAGGACGGAGAACCCCAAGAAGAAUCGCUAUGGGGCAUCGUACCCCCGCGCCGGCGGCACUUCCGGGGGUGGGGCAGCGUCAAUGCGGAAAGGCCAUCCUCGGCAUCGCGGUCGUCGUCUCGAUUGUCGUCCCCAUCGCAGACGUCGAAGGCGGCACAGCGGCUGGACCAGAUCGUCCCAGUCGAUGAGAUGCCACGGAAGAGCAGAAGUACAACUGCCUGGGGAGCGUAGUAGAAACUUUCACGCAAAAUGUAAAUACACUUUUUAGAAGGCAAAAGUAAAUUAUGUCUACGUCAUCUCCUGUACUAGCUGUAAAAGGCUGUCCAGGUCGUGCGUUGUAGCAGGACAGAGCUUUUUAUUCCAUAUUCAAGUUUGUGGACGAAGGUAGUGUUGCAAUCCAUCGUCCAAAAGGAAUCGUGUUCCUACAGCUAGAAAAUACCGAACAUACUUACAUCUGCGUGUAUGCGCAUCCGCGUCGAAAUUUUCGUUCGAUAAACUGUGCUCCAAAAAAAAAGUCUACAGCAGAUCAUGUAGCCCAUUUUACUUAGUAGAGUGGCGACGCCCUGGCGUAGUACAUUGGAAAUUAUAGAUAUUUUUUGUCACAGCACAACUUCAACGAAGACGAACCUAACGAGACUCCGUCCCCGUCACUGUCGACCCGGCAAAACAUUGUGGUGAGCAGGAAGUAGGUAAAAAAUGAAAAUCGGACCACUCGAAGAAAUUAAUUUCCACUUUCUCUCAAAAUUUCAGUUUCAAUUUGUUGUUUAGUUACACUUACAGCUUACAGUGAAUUGCAAUGUCAUCUACUUCAAGAGCGCUACACUAAUAUAUUUAUAGGCUCAAGCUCAGACGCAUUAGCUUCGCGGCAGCGAUUAUGUAGAGGAAAGUCGCAAUAUGUAUUUCAGGUCUAGUUAUGGAUUCAAUGUAUGACUUUUGUAAUGCUGAUCCAAUGAAAAUUUACUGUAUUAUACUAUACUUGAUAGCAAUAGGCGAGAGCUAUGAUUUCCCUGAAGUGGUUUGCACGGGUGGAGUAGCUGCUUUGCUGGAUCGAUCAAAAAUCGGCUUUGUUCGUGGCGGGGCCGAUUUUUGUAUGUUACUUAACAAAGUGUAGAGCAACUUAUUUUGGUUUACUCCACUUAGUAUUGCGAUUGCGUAUGUUGUGCGAUUUGUUCAGCUUUGCGCGAAAUUGAGCAGCAGCUUCAUCAAGAACUAUGUUGGACCAUAUUAAGUAAGC